AUGUCGCAGAACCAGUCGCCCUCGCCGGUUCCGUCUGAGAACUUUCCUACUUCACUGCACAAUGCCUUAAUGGCAACCAUUCAACAGCCCAUGCAGAGUCCGCUGCCCCGACUGUUCAGCGUUGCCGAUGUCCAUGCUGCUACCCAGGCCGCUCAGAAUGGGCAACAGCCCAGCGGCAAUUUGCAGGACAACUGCCCUCCUCAUUUCUCUUUAAUGUUCAAAAAAAUUAUGCUCGAGCAGGAGCGAAAUGGCGCUAAAAGACGGGAAAUUUAUGGUUUCGGGGCUGCUAGUGGAGACAGUACUUUGUUAGCCAUUGUUAGCGAGCCAAUAACUUUUCCGGAGAUAGACUUCCAUGUGUAA